AAAUAUGAAAUAUGCACAAUUUGGUCGUCUCCAGAAACAGUAAUGCUCACGCAACGAUGUCGUUUAGUAGCAGGCAUGGGAAGUAAGGUAUCCGUCGUGGUUUACCGUUUACGGCCGUUACGUAGAGUAGCUAUAUCUAUAAUUCACCGUCAAAUCUAAAUCGGAAGAAUUAGAAUCAAAGCAAGCCCUGAAUGGCGCCACCGCCGCCGAAGCCAAAAGGGGCCACUCAGGGGAUGAAUAAUGCAAGGAUUCACUUCUAUUCCAUUCUCCUCGCUCUCCAAUACGGAGCUCAACCUUUGAUCUCCAAACGCUUCAUCAGACGUGAAGUUAUUGUGACUUCAUCUGUUUUGUCAUGUGAGAUUGCGAAGGUUAUAUGUGCAGUGUUUUUCAUGGCAAGAGAUGGUAGUCUGAGGAGAGUGUAUAAAGAGUGGACAUUGGUUGGUGCAUUGACUGCAUCGGGACUUCCUGCAGCUAUAUAUGCAUUGCAAAAUAGUUUGCUGCAAAUUUCUUACAAGAAUCUUGAUUCGCUCACAUUCUCAAUGCUAAAUCAGACAAAAAUAUUUUUCACUGCAUUCUUUACAUAUUUCAUAUUGAGGCAAAAACAAUCCAUUCAACAAAUUGGGGCCUUGCUCUUGUUAAUUGUUGCGGCAGUUCUUUUAAGUGUUGGUGAAGGCUCUAGCAAAGGUUCUGCUAGUGGUAAUGCUGAUCAAAUUUUAUUCUAUGGAAUUAUUCCUGUAUUAGUUGCUUCAGUGCUCUCAGGACUGGCUUCUUCCUUGUGUCAGUGGGCUUCUCAGGUUAAGAAACACUCAUCAUACUUGAUGACUAUAGAGAUGUCUAUUGUUGGAAGUCUAUGUUUGCUUGCCAGUACUUUGAAAUCUCCAGAUGGGGAAGCUAUGAGACAAAAUGGGUUUUUCUAUGGUUGGACUCCUCUAACUUUGAUCCCAGUAAUGUUCAAUGCCUUUGGUGGAAUUCUUGUUGGUUUAGUUACAAGCCAUGCUGGUGGUGUUAGAAAGGGGUUUGUCAUUGUUUCAGCAUUACUAAUUACAGCAUUACUACAGUUUAUUUUCGAUGGAAAACCACCUUCAUUGUAUUGCCUUGUGGCUCUUCCACUAGUGGUCACUAGCAUUUCAAUAUACCAGAAAUAUCCCUACCAGGUUAAGAAGAAGGAGUCAUAAAAUCUGACCAUUAUAACAUGGGGACUUUAUACCAUUAGUUCCCCGUUGAAACUACUUUGUUUUUCAUCCAGAAUAUAUUAGCAUAUUGUAAAUGAUACAACAUAGAAGGCAAAAGCAUUAUUUUCAAUGUCUUCUCGAUCUCAGUAGAAUUAGGAUGUUAUACACAGAGCUCUUUUUUUUUUUUCUUUUUAAAAUUCUCGAAUCUUUAAAUGAUCAUUUAUUUGUCUCCUCUUCA